AUGACAGUCUCUUAUAUCGCUUGCUUACUUUUCUCCCUUCAUCUUAUGGCUGGUACAGCAAACGCCGUCAGAGGAACGAGUCCACGAAAUAUGACGGUGAAGGUAUUCUGGCCGACAAGCGGAAUCACUCAGAAUGAAGGGACUAUUGUCGGCUGGCUACUGAGAGAUACUCUGGUCGUCAUUGGGAUCAUUGAUAAAUGGCUUACUGAGAAGUACGACUAUGAUGAAAGUACCUCGGUUUCCUUACGUCUUCAGAACUUGGGGUAUGCUCAACCAGUCGAUACUUCCGAACAAGCUAAAAUUGACGAAGGAUCAUUCUGGUUAAACUCUUCAUACCUACCUGUCAGAUCCUCUCAGAUGAUCGAAUUGGUAUUGUAUACACCACCUGAUCAUCAUCGACUCCGAUUCUUGCGUUCCUCCUCGGGCUCCCAACCGAAAAGUAACAUAAGUUUAGCGAUACAGGAUGGAUAUACCUCCAGCACACAGAGAUCCAGGCAUUUAGAUGGCAUAGAAAAUGUCAUAGAUUUGAUCAAUAAGUCUAAAAGCGCUCAAAAGGGAUUACACUCGGUAUCAUGCCAUCUUGGUCAGCCAAAAGAUAUUACAGUAAAGAAGACUGCUUCCAAUCAGUCUAGUAGGAUAGUUGUCAGUUCUCUCGCUGUCUUACUCGUGCCAUUAGAGUGUAGCGCACAGGCCCUCGUCAAUCUGCUCGCCUACCCAACCCCGAUUGAUUCACUUCGCUCCUACAGCUCAACAUUUGAUCAGGUUCAUCUUCGACUCUCACAGUUGUUAGAAGGACCUGAACGGUUCAAGAGUACCCGAGAGGUCACUGGAAUCGAAAUCAGAUCAGAACGGUAUAUACGGUUCUGGAACACAGUAUGGCUUGUUUUCAACGAUCUGAUUCUGGGAUACACUGCAAGGCAACUCAUCCUUCUCUAUGCUCCAUAUGCAAGAAACGAUGUGGUGCCCAUCAUCACAAGGCACUCAAUCGACUUACCUAUACUUGCUCUGAAAUGGUUGAAUGAUUGGCCAGUGGGAUUGAAGUUGAACACUCCCCUGAGUCAGUUCUUCUGUACGGGACUAGGAUGGAUGAUAGAAAAAUGGGGAGAUCUCCUGAUUCCAUUCUUACGUAGCUUCCUACCAACGUUCAUCCAAAUAUUCGCACUUGUCUCUCUUGGUGGAUUCACUCUUACUUUAUCACUGCUUGAUGAUACACUAUCGAUCCUCACCAGUCAUUUCUACCUGUGUCAUGUGUUAAUGAAGUACAUCUUCAACUGGCAACUACAGUCUUUGAGCGGAUUGUGGAACUUGUUCAGAGGCAAAAGAUGGAACGUACUCAGAAAAAGGACUGAUUCAUAUGAUUAUGAUGUUGAUCAAUUAUUCCUUGGAACUUUGUUAUUUACCGUAUCGGCGUUUCUUUUUCCGACAGUAUUAACGUAUUUCGCUUUAUUCGCGAUGUCACGUAUAGUCAUUCUUGGAUUACAUAAGAUGAUUUCAACCGGAACAACGGCCCUCAACGCUUUCCCUCUGUUCGAGUUGAUGUUACGUUUAAAAGAGCCUUCUCGAUUACCAUCUGGAGUGUGUUUCAAAAUCCGCCGUUUGCAGGAUGUUAGAACAGAAGGUGGACUAGAAGGCAACGUAAGGAUCGCAUAUGCCAUGGAGAUCAAGAACUCUCCUAAAUCGCUAGCAGAAAUCAUGUUUCCCUCUGCGUGA